AUGAGGACAGCAGCACUGGCGAUGCAGCAGCAGAAGGCGCAGCAGUUCCCGCCUCUGCUUCCGGUGCAGCAGCAGCAGCAUCAUCAGCAGCCGCAACAGCAGCAGCAGAAGCAGUUCCCGCUGCCGCAGAAAGUGCUGCCUGCAGCAGCAGCAGCAGCAGCAGCAGGUUCGCAGGCCGCCGCAUGCGACUUACUGUUAGCCUCAGCAACAAUCAUAUUUAUAGCUGCAUAA